GCAGGACGCUCAAACAUAACAGGAACACAGGAGACCACAUCGCUGUACAUGAACCGUUCUUGGAGACGUACUCGGGCUACAAAGACUUUACGGAUUACACUGGCUGUUUCACCUUUUGACGGCAAACAAACGACCAGAAGUGGCCAUGGAUUUUCUCAACCACAACUAUUUGAAUGCGCGCAGCCCAUAUGACUAUACUUUUAAUUUCUGGAACGACUAUCUCGGGCUGACGACGCUGGUUACGAAGAAUAAUAAGCUCAGCAUGCCCCAGAACCCCAACUCCAUCACCGAGUCCCUGAAAGCGACCCUGGGCUUGGACGAUUCCCCGGCGUGUCCGUGCGUAAUCUCGGGCGGCGUUGGAGAGAGCGGGCACCUGGACUGUUGCUGCCCGUCCGGGAGCCCCCCGCCGGCCUCCAUCCUGGACUUGAAAGAGCGUUUCUCGAUACUGAGCCCAUUCCAAAACCAGCUCAGCGUCCAGCUGCCGGAGCGGGAGGUGGGCUUUGGUGGCAGCUUCACAGGGUUAGAUCUGUUCGGCAUGGAGCGAAAGAUGCGCAAGCCCGCUUCCAGGAACAAGCAGGAGCCCAAAAUCUGCGUCUUCUGCCGAAAUAACGGAGCGCCAGAGGAGGUGUACGGCUCCCACGUCCUGAAGACUCCGGACGGAAGGGUUGUGUGCCCGAUUCUGAGGGCUUAUACCUGUCCCCUUUGCAGUGCCAACGGGGACAAUGCCCACACGAUAAAAUACUGUCCACUGUCAAAAGACCAGCCAUCCCAGCGACCAUUAAAGGGGGGGAGGGCAGUGGGUGGUAAGAGGAUGAAAAUAUUCUAAACAGACAAGACUAUAAAGUAAAUUGAAUUGCACUGAACAAUUUCCAGAUGACUGUUUUGAUUUCGGCUCUAGCCUUUAUCCCAGUUUCAUAAACAUAUUGAUUUUAUCUUUUUUUCCUCUAAGAUCUCUUAUAUUUUUAUAGUUCCUUUAUCCACAUAGAAUAAUUUUAUGCUUUAUACAUUGAAUUUAUUUUUCUUUCUAGUUUGUAGUCAUUUGAGCGUGUGCAUAUAAAUACACCUAUGUAUCAAUAAUCACAAAGUGUGAAUAAAUUAAAAAAAAAAAAUAUUUUGGUCACGUAGGGAAACACACUGACAUUGGCAAAGGGGAUGAAUGUCAUAUUUCUACCGAGUAUUUUUGUACGGUGAGCUAAGCUCGCUUCGAUUUUCUUUCUCGUCUUAGAAAACCAAAGUUAUGUUUGCCAUUAAAGAAGCUCAAGAAUGUGUCAUUAAUGAGUACUUGUGUGCGUCUGACUGGAGGAGGAACCCUUUGAUCCCAUCUGCCUGCCUAAAAACUCCACAACAUAUUUUCCAACUUGCUUUAAAAGUUGACAUUCAAUCUGUGAGGCAGGAAGAAAAAAAAGACAAUGUGGCCUCUGUUGAGGGCUCAUAUUCUCUGGGGGACUUUAUAAUCAGUUGUUGCUAAGCCAAACCUCUUUUCCAAUCCUAUGUGAUGAGAAAGUUAUCUGGCUUUACAAGCAGAAAUGAGAGAUACUAGCCUACAUUUUUUAUGUUUACAUUCCCAAAUAAGGGCGACACACUGGAUUUCUUUUCUCUGUCAGGUCUCUCUUUCUCUCUGGCAUUUCUUUUUUUUUUUUUUUUUAAUUUGCCCCUGACAUUGUAUUCACAGGAGAGUCUCAUGGGCAGGUCUGCUCUGCAAUACAAAGUGGAGUGAGUCCCAUUUACCUUUCACUCUGAGUGAGGGGUGAAAAAGAGCAAAUGAAUGUUAGUAAACAAGAAAAAAAAAACCAUAAUGCUAUCCCAUAAUUUCUUUUUGAAGAAUCCAAAAAAAAAAAAAAAGGAAAAAAGAUGCAAACAUGUUGUGAAUGUAUGAUUGAAAGUGUCACUUGCAGGACUGCACAUUUCUGACAGUUUUGUUUACCAAAGGAAUACAAUUGCAUUGAA